UCAGUCAUCUCCCACAUGCCAAAGACCGAAAAAUGUGUUCAAAUGCGAUACUGUAAAAUUCCGAGUAACACCACCACAGCAACCACCACGUGCUCAACCCCGCCAUUUUGUCUGUGCCGAAAUUACAACAAAAGAAAAAGAAAAAAAGAAAAGAAAAAAGUUGCUGUGUGUAGUCAGUCACCAUGUGGAUAUAUACUAUACAAAAGAUAAAAAGAGUCAGCCACUAGCCAGGCUCCGGUUCAGUGCCGUUUCAGACUGGACGCAGUGCGGAACGUCCUCGCUCGAGCUCUCUGAAAAAUCCCCUACAACCAAAAACAAUCAAAACUGUGUAGUUCUAUUCUAGUUUUCGAGUGUGUGUCUGAAAUUCCUUGUGUGCAUCCAGUGUGUGUUUUUCGGCCAUUGUGUUUCUUUCAGCUAUUAAAACGGUAUCAAGAGGGAGCUAGGGGCCAUAUUGUUCAUCGUGAAAAUUUAGUUGUCGAGUCACCAAAUAAAUUUGUGACGACGAGAGGGGAAAAAAAAGGGGGACAAACAACAACAGAGAGAAAUGGGCAGUCGUGAAAUGUGUCGUAUUAUUAUUCAGAAUCUUCUUGGCACCUUUUUAUGUGUCGAGUGAAAAAGUCAAAACUUGUCGCGCACAGUCAUCACACGAAAAAUAAGAAUAGACACACGUUCGGUUUUAUUUGAAUAAAAAUUCACCAGAGCUGCCAAUUCCAUUCAAGGAGAUUUAGGCACUGACCACAUUUUUCUCCAUUCAGCUAGGUAUUUUCACGAGGAAACUUGUUUGAGACGCCAUUUUUAUCACCCUACACACAUACAUAGUCGAGCUAGAGAGAAAAUGGAAUUUUAUUGGUUAUGGGUGCCGUUGGUGUUGCUGCAUGUGAUUGUCACGCCAGUCUGCCGGGCAUUGGUGCCGGAGAUAUCACUCAAAUCCAACAAUCACGUACACCCUGCGGCGAAAUCGUCUGUCACCAUUGGCAAUGACGUCAUCUCGGAGACCAGAACACUCGGCGGCGUCGGCAAAUGGCCAACGUUGAACAUUACCCGAGUCAGAACCAGCAGCAGCAGCACAACAACCAAAUUGGCCAUUGACGACGAGAGUCGGCGCAACUUUGGCGACCCCGAUCCUUCGUCCGCCGGCUUAUCGUACACGAUCCACCAUCUGGACACUAAUUCCAACCCUUCUGCUGGAGGACCCGGCAGCCAGAGAAGGAAAAAGAAGAAGACUCGUAACAAGUGGAAUCAUCACUCACCCAGUUCGAAAUUUGGAAUCGCAGCUGCAGCUGCUAAAACAACGCCGGCCGGCCAACCUUUUUGGACACGCAAUGACAUUUUGGAAUCUCCGACCACUAAACCACCGCCAACUUAUUCCGACCAGAUGAUGACACCGUCGACUUGCCAAUCUUUGACGUCGACUUGCCCACCUUAUCGGCUGCUGGAACGGCGCAAAGAAUACGACGUCCGCUGGUAUCCGUCGCGGAAAUGGGCGUCUGCCAUCGUCAUGACGGAAGACGAUCGCCUCCUGGCCGUCUGGGAAGGAUUGGCAAAGUUGCAGGAAUAUUUCAACGGCUACAACGAGCCGCAAAUCGCCAUGAACUUGACGUUCCCGCUCCUGACUCAAGUCAAACGCGGCAAACAUCCCGGCAUUCUCAACCAGGAGCUGAGGGACAUCACCUUGUCCGUCCCCAUCCCAUCUCGACACCAAAUCAAUCCGCCGUCACCCAACAGCGCAGACGUCCUGCUGGAUACGGUCGAGUCGAGCACCGUUUUCGUCCAGAGCUUCCGAGCCCGUCUGUGGGACUUGACGGACCGCGCCCUGCGCCACCGGGCCGACCGCUUCAUGACAGCGCUAAGGAGUCACGGAGAGGCUUUUCACGACCGUUACUACUAUCUCGCGGCGUUCACCAAGCCCGAUAACACGGACAACAACGUCUACGAGAUGUGGAUUCACGCAACCCGAUUAAGGGAUCCAGGUCGAGUCCAGCCGGUUAUCAAGUCCAGGGAUCCGCCGCUCAGCAAAGUGACUCUCCGCACCCGGAAACGGCUCUGUCGUGGAGUGGAAUGCCCGUCGUUUGACGUCCUUCGUGUCUACAAAUUCGGAAUUCAAAAGCGACGCUAUUUCGACACGGUUCUGAUCCAGGCGGGGACCAACGAGUGCGAAUUCAACAGCCUGUCCGUCUGGCGAGGAUUUAUGCCACUUCAUCUGUACAAACAUGGCAUCAACUCGCACUGGGAGGUGCUGGAAGCGACCAGACCUAUCGGCAUCGUCCAUGUCGUCGACCGACUAACGGCCAAUCAAUCGUUAACGAGCGGCAUCGAUCAGCGUCUCGGCCAGCUGCGCUACAACAACAACAACACCACCAGGACAUCUGCAGCAGCGGACUCGUCCGUCUCUUUUGAUUGCAAGCACAAUCUGACCGUUUCAUUGUACCUGCCUCGACGGUUGCAUUCCAACCCACCAUCAGCCGGCCUGGGAGCCCCACCUGUCAAGAUCAAUCGCGUGAACGACUUGAUCGUCUACGUACAAACAGUCGGUGGGUCCAUUCUCGAUCCUGUCCGUUCGACCAUCGAGGUGAAGAAGUUUGGCUCACGUCUCAAACAGUUGGGACUGUGCUACAAACCGGGCGAGUACUACCUGGUCGUUUACGAUUUCAUGGUCCGUUUUCACGGACGCCAAAACGAAAUUUGGUUCCUGGCUGACCGUUGCCCAUUGAGAGCCGAGCUGCCGACUUGAAAUGAUCAAAUUCGUCAUCUUCGUUACGAGCUGCGCGCGCCUGUAUAACUACAUCAUAAUUCUCUCUCUCGUCUACCC